AGGCGGGGCCUCUCGGGGGCGGGGCCCGGGUUUAGCUCGUGCGGCAGCGCGCGUCGCCGCCCUAGAGCGAGCCAGCAAGGGGCUAGCGGAGUCGGAGCGCGCCUCGUUCCGUCGCGCGCGAUGCAGACCUGGACGGCGCUUGGCCUGGCCCUGAGCCUGGCGCUGGUGCGAAGCAGCGCGGAGCUCGGGCCCCCGGCCUCCGCCCCCCAGGGGGACCUGCUCUUUCUGUUGGACAGCUCAGCCAGCGUGUCUCAUUAUGAGUUUUCCCGAGUCCGGGAGUUCUUGGGGCAGCUGGCAGCCCCGCUGCCCCUGGGCCCGGGGGCCCUGCGUGCCAGCCUGGUGCACGUCAGCAGCCAGCCCCACACCGAGUUCCCCUUCGGCCAGCACGGCUCCGGCGCGGCCGUGCAGGACGCCAUACGUGCGGCAACCCAGCUCAUGGGCGACACCAACACCGGCUUGGCGCUGGCGUACGCCAAGGAGCAGCUGUUCGCCGAGGCGGCCGGGGCCCGGCCAGGGGUGCCCAAGGUGCUGGUGUGGGUGACCGACGGCGGCUCCAGCGACCCGGUCGGGCCCCCGAUGCAGGAGCUGAAGGACCUGGGCGUCACCGUCUUCAUCGUCAGCACCGGCCGCGGCAACCUCCUGGAGCUGUCGGCCGCCGCCUCGGCCCCCGCGGAGAAGCACCUGCACUUCGUGGACGUGGACGACCUGGGCAUCAUCGCCCCGGAGCUGCGGAGCUCCAUCCUCGACGCUUUGCAGCCGCAGCAGCUCCGUGUUUCUGAAGUCACGUCCAACGGCUUCCGCCUGGCCUGGCCGCCGCUGCUGAGCGCGGACUCAGGCUAUUACCUGUUGGAACUGGUGCCCCGCGCGGAGUCGGGAACCGCGCGCCGACAGCAGCUGCCCGGGAACGCCACCGGCUGGGCUUGGGCCGACCUGGACCCCGACACGGACUACGACGUGGCGCUAGUGCCCGAGUCCAACGUGCACCCUGUGAGGCCGCAGCACCUGCGGGUGCGCACGCUACCGGAAGAGGCCGGGCCGGAGCGCAUCGUCAUCUCACACGUCAGGCCGCGCAGCCUGCGCGUGAGCUGGGCCCCGGCGCUGGGCCCGGCCGCGGCGCUCGGCUACCACGUGCAGUUUGGCCCGCUGCGCGGCGGCGCGGCGCAGCGGGUGGACGUGCCCGCGGGCAGCAACAGCACCGCUCUGGAAGGCCUGGCGCCUGGCACCGCCUACCUGGUGACCGUGACGGCGGCCUUCCGCUCCGGCCGCGAGAGGGCGAUGUCGGCCAAGGCCUGCACGCCGGACAGCGAGCGCAGCCGCGCCCCGCGCCCCCCGCCGCCGCCAGGGCCCGCGGGCCGGGGGCGGUGAGCUGGCCGCCACGCGUGGUCCAGGGCCCCUUCUCCCGGUGCCGGCGGGGGAGGCGCCCGCCGCCGAAACCUGGGUCUGGGCCUGGGGGCUAGGGGUGCUGACCGGGUCUUGGCUGCGUGGCGGCUCCGCGUGACCCCCAAGCCCUCUCUCCACGGCUGGACCCUCCGUUGCGCUUCUGGCCACAGCGCUGGCCCUCGCGACCCCGCCCCUGCCUGGCCGGAGCUGGGCACUCGGUGGUGUCCUCUGAGCGGGAUUUAGCAGGGAGAUGGAGAGGGAGUCUGGGCGCGGGUUGAGAACAUCGGACCGGGGACAGGCCCUGGACCGGGACUGGAGGGCGGACCUCCCCCUGGUGUGAAGGACCAGGCACUCUUUGGGCGACAGCUAGCUUCUGGAGCUCGGCCCUGCUGGCAGCUCAGGUCCGGGGCCUUAACAGAAAGCGGGGGAAGAGCGGGAGCUGGCUCCGGCCAGGCCCCACAGGCUCCAUGGACGGGACGGGUCAGCACAAGGGUGGGGAGGGGAGUGUGGGGAGGUGGACUCAGCGGUCAGCAGCUGCUGGGUGGCAAGGUGGUCUUCAGCUGGACGCUGAGCUGGUGGCGCAGGGCCAGCACCUGCCAGGGAGGGCGGCCCUGCCUUCCUGUUCCAGACUUUGCUGGGCCCAGGUGCAAGCACCUUGUGGGAGGACCGGAGCCUGGCGUCAGGUUCUGGGGACGGCACCGGCAGGGAGCCGCCUCUCGCUUCCGGGCCGGCGGGGGGCUCCCUCGCUGGGGUGGGUUCACUCCAGCGAUUCUCUGCAUCUUCCGACACCCCCUUCUGCCACCACUUCCUCUCUGGGGCCACCGGACCGCCUGAGCACAGGCGGCACGGCCCCCCCCACCCCGGCGGGCAUGUCCUGGGCCCCUCCCCCACUAACGCCCCACACUCGGAAACACCGUGAGCCAGUGCUCACUCGGGCGGCACGCAGACUAAAAUACAGUGGAUCAGACGUGAA